AUGUUGGCGUCGACUAUGUCAUCGGGCAUGAAUCGCCAAUCGUUGACAACCAUGUUCCAGAAGCGAUGGACCCGACCUGUAGCUACGGGUCGUCCAGAAAAACCUUUGCCAGCACUUGCGGCCCGGCCGCCGCCGCCAGCGGCGAUAGUACCCCGCACAGCUGACGGUCCCCGCCCACCCGGCUGGAACGGCCAGCCACGCCGGCCUGGAUCCAGCCGCUUCAAUGUGCAACAUCACAAUCAGGAGUUGGUUAAAUUACCUCCCAUUAAAGACAUUAGUCCCGAUCUUGAUCUUUACUCAUGA